AUGGCAGAAGAUAACAGUAGCACAUUGAGAAGUGAAAGUGUGAGUGAAUUAGAACCAAGAUACAGCCAGCCAAGCAGUAUUGAUCAAAACCAGAGUGCCGAGGCAGUUUAUCAGUUAUUACUGGCACAUCACGACUACAGGAUGAGCGAACAGCUUCAUACCUAUCUCACUCCCGUAUUAGUGGGUAUAGGAGUAAUUGGAAAUCUUUUGGCAAUUAUUAUCCUGCGGCGUGGAAGUCUUCGAAAAAGUUCUGUUUGUUUUUAUUUGGCAGUUUAUGGUGUUUUUAACAUUUUAAAUUUGGCAGUUGUGAAUGGGACAUCAUGGCUUUGUUACAUACUUCAAAAACCCUGUAUAAGUACCUUAACUGAUUGGAGCUGUGGAUUGUGGACAUUUAUUAUGCAUCUGAUAGUGUAUGGAGGUAUAUGGAUAGUGGUUGCUAUGAGUAUUGAUAGAUUUGUCUACCUGUGUUUACCCAGCAGGUCUUUAUCUCUCUGUACAGUAUUUUCAGCUAAAAUUAUUGUGGUAUUCAUACUUGUUGGUUUAGUGGUUAUUAGCGUUCAUACAAUGUGGACAUAUGAACUCCAACCUCAAGGAUGCUAUAUCCCAUACCAUCAAAAAGAUCUGCAUACCUUAAUAUGGCCCUGGAUUUCUGCCACUUGUUUUUCAUAUCUGCCUUUGGCAUUACUCUUUAUUUUCAAUGUAUGUAUUAGCAUUUCUCUGUGCCUAAAAAAGGACCGUUGUAAUCAAGUCACACGUGGAAAUGGUGGACAGGAGCAGCAUAAUUACAUAGCUCUAGCUGUAUCUGUGUUAUUUUUUAGUUUAACUAUGCCUGCAACCAUUAUAAACCUCAUAGACAUUCAUUUUCCAAUACAAUGGUUAAGUGUGGAAUUGUUGGCUCAGAUAGAACUGACCAAGAGCAUCACUGAUAUCCUAACACUAACAAACAUUGCAGGACUUUUAUUCGUUUUGUUGAUCUUCUCGAAAGCAUUCAGACAUGAACUGUACCAAACUCUAAAAGGAUUAAAUCUCCAGAGAGAAUCUAAAAACUAUGAAUUGAGCGAAGUUUCUAAAGAGAAGGACAAAAAAGACCGGAAGCAUGUGGAUUAUGAAAUUUGCAACACAGAUGUUUCGACUAAUGUUUGA